CACAAGAAGCACAGGUUUAUUCGUUCGAAUCCCCUAACAGUUUCUUCCGAUUGUAUUCGCCUAAGGUAGAAAACGCAAUUUUUGAUGCUGAACUGAAAAAACUCGCAAAACAGCUUCUUUCCGUUUGUGUUUCGUUAGGAGAAAACCCUUUGAUUCGUUAUCAGAAAGGAAUCGAUCUCGAUCCUGAUUAUACGAACAAAUCAUUACCUUUUAAAUUGGCUCAACUGGUACAGGCCGAGUUGGAUAAUUAUACAAGAAUUAAAAGCAAACUUGCGCCUGGAAGUCUUCCUCUAGAGAUACAACGCAAGCGAUGUGUUUUGUUUAUUUUGGAUCGCACUGUUGAUAUGUACACUCCGAUAUUACAUGAAUUCACCUAUCAAGCCAUGGCUAACGACCUUUUGCCAAUUGUAAACAGUAAAAAAUAUACAUAUAGUUACGUCGAUGAUGAGGGUGCUCCAGCAGAUAAGGAUGCUAUGCUAGAUGAAACCGAUACGAUAUGGGUUGAUAUACGGCAUAAACACAUGAGGGACUGCAUCGGUCAACUUAUGACAGAUUUCAACAAAUUUUUGGUAGAAAACGCAGGCUUUAACGACAAAGAUAAAGCUGCAAAUUUGAAUGAUAUAAAAAAAAUGUUAGCAACCUUACCUCAAUUCCAAAAUAUGAAGGAAAAGUAUUCAGUUCAUUUGAGUAUCGCACAAGAAUGUAUGAGCGUGUUUGAUAAAGAAAAGCUUGCUGAAGUAGCCACAGUUGAACAG